CAUCAUCGGCGCCAUGUUGCCGAAUGAGGAAGGCGGUCAACACGCCGGAUACGUCAUAUCCUGUCUUCACCAACGCUGUCAGUGUUAGCUAAAUCUUAGCAUGCAAAUAGCUUUACUUAACACUAGCUACAUUUUUGAAGAAAUAUCAGCUGCUACUUUGUUUUUAACACGACGCGAUUGAGUAUCUAAAGGUUUGUGAAUGUGGUCCUAAUGGGCAGUCUGUAUGCGGUGACGUUAGCUGCGUGACUCGGAAAAUUUCACUUCAAAACAGCAGUCGAAGCUAAAGGAAGGACACGUUGUCUUUGUCAGACAGUGGUUAAACUGCAUCACUUGGUCAAGAAACGCUGUCCGGCUUUAGCAUAAUUUUAAGAGAAACCCCUUGAUCUCGCACUCAGGAUGCCAUGCCACAAUCAGCAACUGAACAAUGUCAACACUGGCCAGGAGCAUCCAAUGAAGCAAGUACGAUUUGCAAACAACAACAACAACAGCAGCAGCAGCAGCAACAGCAGUAAUGUGCCUGCAGUGCUGUCAGACUCUGAACCAACUGAUGCCACCAUACAACAUGGCCAAGAUAACCUGGGACCUCAGCUUAAACUGCUCCCUCUGAAUGACCAGAUCCGUGAAUUACAGACCAUAAUCAGAGACAAGACAACCAGCAGAGGAGACUUUGUGUUUUGUGCUGAUCGAUUGAUCCGACUAGUAGUUGAAGAGGGUUUGAAUCAGCUCCCGUACUCGGAGUGCACUGUGACCACCCCAACAGGGUACAAGUAUGAAGGUGUCAAGUUUGAAAGAGGCAACUGUGGAGUCAGCAUAAUGAGGAGUGGUGAGGCCAUGGAGCAGGGUCUGCGGGACUGCUGCCGCUCCAUCCGCAUUGGCAAGAUCCUCAUCCAGAGUGAUGAGGAGACACAGAAAGCCAAGGUCUACUAUGCCAAGUUCCCUCCAGAUGUGUACAGAAGAAAAGUGCUGCUCAUGUACCCCAUCCUUAGUACCGGGAACACUGUGAUUGAGGCGGUGAGGGUGCUGAUAGAGCACGGAGUCCAGCCCAGACAUAUUAUCCUCCUCAGCCUGUUCUCCACGCCUCACGGAGCCAAAUCUAUAAUCCAGGAGUUCCCCGAUAUCACCAUCUUGACCACGGAGGUCCAUCCAGUAGCUCCGACACAUUUUGGACAGAGGUACUUUGGCACUGACUAAACCAAGGACAACCGGAGGAACAUGACCUGCAAAUUGUUUUGAGUAUUCAUGUCUUGUUAAUUUAAAUGUCUCAUGUUCUCCUUGUUGUGCCAAAUACUGCUACCUAAUCACCCUAAACUGUCCUAAACUGAUACAAUUGAUCAGAUUAAUCAUUUUGUAUUUUUUUUUUUGUUGUUGCUGUGUAUACUUGUGCAAAAGAAAGAAAACAGCACUGAACCAUAUAAAGAGUUCCACUCUUCCACUUUAUUUUGCAUGUUACAACUGAUGGAAAAUAAAUAAUUUAUAUUUGUUAACAGA